AUGUGGAGCCAGUCCCUGCAGCGGCGGCCUCGGCGCGGAGGCGACACGGAAGCAGAGGAAGCUGGCAGGAGGAAGAAGAGGGGAGGAGAAGAAGGAGGGAUGAGGAGGGAGGAGGGAGAAAAUAGGAAGGGGCGAAGAGAGGAGUUCCAGCGCCACGGCACGACCGGGCAGCGCAAGCGGGAGCGGGCGGCGGCAGUGAGCAAAGGCGGGCGCGGGGCGGACCAACGGCGCUUGGCGGGCCCGCGCCCCCGCGUCGGGGCUCGCGCCCUCGCACCGCGCGCCCUGUCGCGCAGGGUCAACGCGUGA